UGUAUCCUUCUCGCGAUGGUUUUACUAGGACACUGGGAAAAGUUUGCUCAAUUGACAAAGUAAGGCAGGUCCUGAAGGAGGCUUGAGUUUUCAACUCAUGUGUCUCAAUUGUUAGAAGUAAUUUGACAUUAUGAAAAAGGAAGAUAAAUUCCAGCUCACCGAUUAGUAAGAAACUGUAUUGACUUUUACUUUCUCAACUUUAUUCUGAACUAUGAAGAAAUUUUUUUCUACUUUGAUGACUAGAACUACGAAUACUUUCCCCUUCUGCUGGUUCUUGAUCUUUAUUGGAACUAUAAAUGUUUCAAAUUCUGUAGAAAUCCGACGUCUCUCCGUUCCGAGGUGGAUUCAGAAUGGGACUGAAGACUACGUAGUUCUGGACUGCGAAUAUGUGUAUAAUGAAAAUGACUUAAGACUUGUGGUGAAAUGGUUUUUCGAAGACAAUCUGGAGCCCGUUUACCAGUGGAUUCCUGAGCUUAACAAUAGACACACAUCCGGGAUUCUGAAGAACCGUCUGGAUUUGGACUUCGCCGUUAACACAGCGGAUGCAUACUCCAGAUUCAGAGCGUUAAGAAUACAGAAACCAUCUACAGAACUCAGUGGCAAAUACACAUGCUUAGUGACAUCCCUGGCAGGGCAGGAUUCCAGAGAGCAAGUUAUGACAGUAUUCGUUCCGGCGAAUGAAUUUGACUUGUCCUACACAGAACUGAGUGAUGCAUCAGUCAACGUGACGUGUGAGGCCCAAGGACUUUUUCCACCACCUGUGCUGAAGCUCUACUUGGGUUCUUCGACAGGCAGUCCACUUCAAACGGUGACAGACGCUGUUUCAGUCUUCAAACCCAAAUAUUCAGGUGCCUACGAUGCUUUUUUAUACAGGACGUUCAGUGCCAAUGAACUGUCAAAAAAUGGUGCAUCGUCAGUAUUCGAAUGCUUCUUAGAACUACCCGGCACCAACUACGCGAGAGCCAAAAGAAUUGCUUAUUAUCCUGGCAUACAGGGACUUCGGAUUGAUGCUGCACACAGUCUAUCAUCAAUAUCACAUAGGAGAACCUCACAUUGGAUUUUAGUAAUUUGGAGUGUUACAAUAGUGAAUAUUUUUAGAUGGCAUUUAAAUCUGUGUGACUCAGUGUCUAAUGUGUUUCGAAUAAAGCAUUGUUUUUAAGUAUGCAUGUAAUUACAGCUGCAAGACUUUGUAUAUAUCUGCUAUCGAUAUUUGCUCCAUGUACAUAUCAGUUGUUACCUGGUAGCACAGUAUGAUGCACAAAUAUUGUACAAUAUUGUGCGAUAACAUAUUAUUCAAUAUUCAACAAUAUUAUACAAUAUUUCGGAUAUUGUUUAAUAUCAUAUAAUAUUGUAAAAUAUAUUUGUGCUACUGGGGUUAUUAAUGUAUUUUGUUUUAAACACUGAAAAUGUAACACUGAUAAGUUUUAUUUGUUCAUAAAUUAAAUAUUGUCUAAGAAUUAAUUUUUUCCGAGCAAUUUUCUUGACUUAUAAAAGUGAAGACAAAUGCAAACUGAGAACAAAUUUUAUUGUUUUGAGUAUUAUCAUAAACUAUUAU